UACAGAAUGAAUCUUGAACGUAUCUAUACCUACGUUUAAAAAAAGCUAUGGGAGAGCAGUUUUUAAUAAGAGGUAAUUAUUAAAAGCUAUGACCUGAAGUUUAAGGACAAAUGAUGUAAGUGAGCUAAACGAUAUCGGCUAAACUGGUAGCUAUAAGCUUCAUUUACUUGUUAGCUCUGCUAGACUCGUAUUUUGAAAUUUUGUAUCAUUUAUAUUAUUUAUGUAUUUAAUUAACGUGCAAAAAAAUGUGUGCACAAUGUACUUUUUUUUUUUUUUUUAAUUCUAGCUUGCAUUUAACAUUAAGCUAAGCAUUAUUUUUAAACAUGGAUCCAAGUGUAUGUGAAUUAAGGCUUAUUGAUCUGGUGAUUUAUCCUAGCAGACCUGCUCUAGCAGUCACAGCUGAUGUAACUCAUCUCACUGUGCUAGCAGCUGAAAACAAUAGCUCAUUGUUUGGUGUCAUGUCCAGCCUGAUCUAUUUUGGAUUUCUUCCUUUUAUAGAGCUCCGUAGGACCGACUCCAGUGGGCCUAAUCUCUCCUCCCUGGGGCGAGCUGAUAUAAAAGCUCGGUGAGACGAUCUCAUCCUCUGUGGCCUGAGCUUUCUGACCCCUCUCGCUGUCUCUGACCUCAAAACAUAACAAUAAUCCCAGCCGUUAUUAUUAAAGAGUCUCUCUUCCACAGCACCGAUGGCCCCUAAGAAAGUAGAAGCCAAGAAGCCGGAGCCCAAAAAGCCGGAGCCGAAGAAGCCUGAGCCGAAAAAAGAGGCCGCCCCGACGCCAGCUCCCGCCGCUCCGGUCGAACCCGAGCCGCCCAAGGAACCCGCGUUUGACCCAAAGAGCGUGACGGUGGAGUUCACAGCUGAGCAGAUCGAGGAGUUCAAGGAAGCCUUCCAGCUGUUUGACCGCACACCGACGAACGAGAUGAAGAUCACGUACGCGCAGUGCGGAGACGUGAUGAGGGCGCUCGGUCAGAACCCCACCAAUGCCGACGUCCUGAAGGUCCUCGGAAAGCCACGGGCCGAGGAGAUGCACAGCAAGAUGCUGGACUUUGAGACCUUCCUGCCCAUGCUGCAGCACAUCUCCAGGUCCAAGAAUAAAGGCAACUUCGAGGACUUCGUCGAGGGCCUGCGGGUCUUUGAUAAAGAAGGCAACGGGACCAUCAUGGGGGCGGAAUUGCGUCACGUCCUGGCGACGCUCGGAGAGAGGAUGAGCGAGGAUGAAGUGGAUCGACUCAUGGCGGGGCAAGAAGACGCCAACGGAUGCAUCAAUUACGCAACUUUUGUCAAACAUAUCCUCUCUGGUUGAGCUGGACUUGGGAUAAAAUUUCAUUAUAAAGCAUUAUAAAGGUUUAUGAUGUAUUAGUGGCAGCUUAGCGCAGUAGUAAUGUAGUUUUGUAGACAAAUACGUCUAUCACAAGAGACAAUUACAUGAAACUGUUUACUUUUCCAAAUAUUUAAUUGCAUACUCAAACAUGUAAGGAAUAAAACGUGACUCAUGAAGAGUUUUAUUCCUUUUAUUCCACAACAAUUUUCACAACAACAACAAAAUUGCCAAUGAUUACGUUUGUUUUUUUGUUGUUUUUUUUCUAUAUGCUUUUCUUCUGUUUACAUGGAGCAUUUCUAUAGAAAUUCUACUCUAUCAGAAGAGUUUAGGCGGUUUUAUUGAAAAAAAAAAAAAAAUGUAUCAGUACCUUCUGACCAAUCAGAAUCCAUCUUUCAGAGCUGUGGUAUAAGGCAUAAGCAGCACACUGUCCAUUCAUCUAUUUAAAGAAAGAGCAAAACGCAGGCACAAACAUUUGUGCUGGAACGGAAACACGUAUCUUAAGGAAGUGAAACACGUAUCCGCUGGGAGUGCAUCAGAGCUAUGCGUCAAUAAAUGAAUAAAUGGCAAAGCUUUUAUAGCUGUACGUCUGAAAUCCUCGGUGUCACUCUCCUUUGGUGUGAAAUGCCAGCAGGGAAACAUUAAAGCACUCAAAUCGCCA